AUGAGCACCAGCUUGAAGAAGACCACGCAAGUCAUUGGCACCGUCUUUGAGCGCACCGAGAAGAUUCUUGACGACGCCGGUUUGCUUGGCAACAGCGAUGUCGCCAUGCAGCUGGCGGCAUACCGCAACUACAACGUGGAUGCGGACCAGCUACUGCAGGUGUCGGGCUGGGAGCAGAACCCGCUUGCACUGCGGCAGUUCCUGUUUGGCCUGAAGGUGAAUGGUGGCUGGGGCAACGAAGCGAUUGAGGUUGCGCUUCACCGCGCCAACACGGAGAAGGACGUGUCGCAGGUGAUUUUGAUUGGCGACGCACCAGCCAACUCCCCAGAUGAGGUGGCAUCCAAGCGAAACAGCAAAGGUGAGCGUUACUGGUCCAAGUUUCCCGAGUUUGCCAAAUCCACGACCGCGGCGGCCGAGCUACAGAAGCUGAAAGAGAAGGGCAUUCCAGUUCACGCCUUCUUCAUUGAUCCUCGCGCCAAGAACUUCUUCAGGCACGCUGCUCAGAUGACUGGUGGGCGCUGCGAGUUCCUGGACAUUGAGAAGGCGUCUCGCGCCGACCAGCUCACGAAUCUUGUCUCCGAAGAGCUGCUGCGGCGUGUGGGUGGCGAUGACCUCGUCAACACCUACCGAGCCACUUUCUGCAAGUGA